AUGGAAAAUAUAAGUAGAAUUGGAUCUAUAGUUGAAACAAACUCUAAAUUAAAUACAAGUUAAUUAAGAAAAUUUAUUUAUGGAGAUCAUAAUUCUGCUGGUUAUGGUGAAUAAGAUGGAUAUGAUGGACCUGAAAGAAAAUAUAAUCCAACAGAAAGUUUAGAUGAAUCAGCUUUAAAGGAUGUUAAAGGGGCUUUGGAAAAACUAAUAAAUAAAAAAUAAUAUGAGGAAGAUAGUGAAAUUGAUGAAGAUUUCUUAGAAGAAAUAGAAGGGAUAAGCCAUAAUAAUAUAAGUAUGAAUUAAAUAUAGUCAUUUGAAUAAUAAUAAGAAAGAACUAUCUUUAAUUAAAAAUAGAAAAACGAUCUCAAUUAUUAACAUAUUAAUAAUGAAGAAUUCAAAAAAGAAUAUGAAAUUUAAGUUAAUUUGCAAAUAAUAAAAGAAGAAUAAGAAAGUAAAGGAACUUAAUAUAAUUUAAAUAAUGGUUUAUCUUCUUCUUAAGUUCGAAAUCAUAAUUAAUAAUAUUAAAUAGAAUAAGAUUAAAAAAAUGCUAAUAAAAAUGGAUUUGAUAAAAUUGAUUUUGAUGAAAUAUCAAAUAAUGAAAAUUUUAUAAAAAACACAUAAAAAAAUACAAUACUAAAAAAAAAUAUAGAUAGCCAAAUCUCAAAAGAACAGAAUGAUUAAAAAGGAUAAAAAUAAUUGAAAGUUUAAUUUAUUGAUAAUACUUCAAUAGAUACUCUUGAUGGCAAAACAGGAGACAAAAUGAAUUCAUAACAAUAAAAAAGAUGA